GGAAGAAAGCUAGGGGCGGCCAGACCAAAACAUGGCACAAGUCCAUGAAGUCACUGACAAGUAGACUGAGCCAUGUUGGUAGGUGUAGACUACCUGGUUGGGGACCGCGAGAUGAUAGCAACCGAUGGUUAGAGACCCUGAAUGACAUGGCUCAAAAUCGUUUGCAAUGGCGCAGGUGCACCCACUCUCUGUGUUCUCCCAAAUUCUAAUCUUCUGAAUCCUUCAUGUCCGUUUUUUUCCUCUUUCCAAAUUUAUUUCACUGUAUUAUAUUCUUUAAAUAACAUCUCCAAACCCUAAUCUUACCGAUUACUGCUUAUACUCUUAUUACCUCUACCACUAUGGGAUUUGAAUCGACAACUGCAUCUCUGUGCUAAUGUGGUGUGGCAACUCGAACUGAUGUACGUACGUACGAAGUUCUACGUUGUUACUGACUGACUGACUGACAUAUCAUCAACCCUCGUAUAUAAUUAUUGACCUAAUUCGCGUUAGAGAAUAACGGAAUAAAAUAAGUCGAAUAUGAUCAUGAAUUUUGGAUAUGUAUAUAUCAUCCAGACAGACUGUCUAUCAGAAUACUUUUUACAAGUGACCAUCUUAACUUUGAACCUUAAUACUGUGCUUACACCAUUAAAAUCACUAGAGCUUACACUCAAGUAUUUCUGAAAUGUGAAUCGAUUUGGAUCUUCACAUCAAUUAGGUAUAAAGUCAAGUCGGUAGUCCGAUUUGGAUUUUGUAUGUUUAUUCUAGAGGCGCAGAAAAUAUCCUAGAUAAAGGAUUCCUCGAUACCUUAGGUACCAUUGUGGUGUGUUACUGGUGUCGACGGAUAUAAGUAGUAUGUAUCACCAAUCGAAAGUGAAAUGCCUGACGACACUAGGUUAAAAAGAUCGAAUAAAAGAGAACGAGAACAGAGAAUGAUUGGUGUGGAAACGAAUGCACAAUGAAGUCUGAGACGACUGAUUGACAUUUUGUAAAUGAAAUAUUUACUGUAUGAUUCUCAGAUUUUACCAAGAUAUUCUGUAAUUUUGCAUUUAAAUACAUUCGGUUGUCCUCACUUGUGUUCUCGUUCACUACACCAUGACCGAAAGUCAGUGACAUUGACGCAGAUGGACUCAAUAUUUAACUUCCCCUAAAUCGUAAGCCUAUUAUUAUUAUCAUCACAUACUUCUCAUUCUUCGAACCUUAUUUGCCCUUUUGAAACUAGGCUUCUUGUUUUUCUAGUUUUCUGCCCCUGUUCAUAUUUUAUAUUAUUCCCCGUUCUGCUUUCUAUAUGGCUAGUUUCCUAUCACUGUGCUAAUGUGGAGUUUGGCAGCUUAAAUAAAUAAACGGUAGCCUUAGGUACUUCCUUUUAAUUUCUGUUUGAGAUUGUUAUAAAUCAGACUAAUUUCUCCCUAAGUACCGAUCUCUGUUUUGCAGCUAAUACAAAAUAAAUAUUAUUGUGAUAUACUCCAGAACCCAAAUAGUGGGGGCUUUAUCACUGAAUUGUUAAUGACUCACGUUGUUAACGCAUUAUAAAAAUAAUUAGCCUACUAGUAAUGUAACAGUUUGAAAAAAUAUCUAGUUACUGGUUAUAUGAUCACCAGUUGGUAACAAGGAGAUUGUUAGUUUGAAAAGAUUGUUGCAUUUCUAAUAAGUUGACGUAAAACAUUUAUCGUAAUACAUAUGUUAUGCAUUUAAACCUACAUGUGAUCCUUUAACAACAUCAUCUGACUUUUCAUCUGUCAUUAUCGUCGUCAUCAUCAUCACAAUAAAGGCUUAUUGUUAUUAUCAUUAAUAUUUCUUGAGCCAAUUUUUGAUUAUCAAAUUUUACCUUUGCAUUGUAUGAUAAUAAUUUUGCAGUUUUACAAUAUACACUUAUUAUUAUCCAAUGUAAUAUUGCUUCAAAAUAGCCUCUAAAAGUCGUCGAUGGCGCGUUAUAUUUUUGGGUGGAGCGGUUAAAUUAGCCUCAGAGUAUGUUGAUGCAGAAGAUGGUCGUCCAAUAUGGGAUUGUGAAGUAACAUUAGAUUUGAUUAGUCCAUCAGAUCCAGUUACUUUACUUGUUGUCGAUGGAGAUAAUCAUCAUAUCGGUCAAGUUGAUAUCCCCUUAAAUCAAGUUCCCCAAACUGGCAAUCCAAAUUUCGACUUAUCACGGUUAUGUUAUUCUGAUUUAAAAGCGAAGCGAAAAAAUUCUAAUGCACAUGGACGUUUAGUUUAUUGGAUUUGGGCUAUUGACUAUUGGCCUCCAGGAACUCAAGCUAAUACUGUACACCAUUCUAAAUCAUUACGUGGUUCACUUACAAAUCUUAGUUCGAAAAUACGUUCAAAAUCUAAGCAUAGAUCCAAAAAUGAUAAUGAUUACACUAAUGGUUAUCAAAAAAGGGAAAUUAAUGGUUCAUCUGCUACUUUACAAGUACCCGGUAUGUCAUAUAAUCCAUUUGAAAAUGAUGGUACUGUAAGUGAAUUCAGUGGACCGAUGGGUUUACCACCAAUGUAUCAAUCACAUUCAAAUAGUCCAUAUGCUCAAUCAGAAUUUGGUGGAUCACUUGCAGGCAGUAUAAAAUCAUCUAAACAAAAAAAUAUGUUGAAGAAAUUUAAAUCGAAACUUUCGCAUAGUACACUUAAUUUGGCUGAGGCAGCAGCUAAAAAAGCUGCUGGGAAAGAUCCUUACUUUCAAAGUCUCGAAAAAGGAUCAAAAUCAAAUUUAAGAGGAAGUCAAUCAUCUAUUGGCGGGACAUCUUAUCGAGGUCAGUUUUAGUGUUGUUUUUAUAAUGGUUAGUGAUAAUGAAUUAUCAAUAUAGGGUUGUGGAGAUUAUGAAGUUAUUGAUUGGGAUCAUGAACCGAUUAAUGUUACCAUGUGCUCACUAGUGAUUGGCUUCGUGAAGGGAUUCUCGGAGUUCUAGUAAGAAGCCGUGACCAGUGAAGCUAGUCCGUAUCGGGUAGAGACAGGUAUCUACCUUAGUACAAUGGAAGAUGGUCACGCAAUUUCGCGGAUUGAUCGAGGCUAGACAUUAACACAGUUGGAUAACAGCUCAGUGUUCCAGUGGGUUAAGCGUUCGUGCGUGAGACUGAAGGCCCUGGGUUCGAACUUGCGAGUGGGAUCGUGGAUGCGAACUGCUGAGGAGUCUAACAUUAGGACGAAGCGGCCGUCUAGUGCUUCCAGGUUCUCAAUGGUGGUCUAACAUCAAUCGGUUCAUAAUCUCAGUCGAUAAUGAAAUAAUACAUUUAAAUUUUUCGAAAAUUAUACAUCACUAUGAAUAGAUGAUUUAAUGGUGAUACCGGUAAUCACGCUCAGAAGAGUCUAAUGUUAACAAUGAUUACAUGUAUUACUAAGGAGAUAAAUAUUAGUAAUAAUUAUGUAAGAACAAAAUUAGAUGAUUUUGUAAGUAAUACAAAUGAGACAACAAUGUCGAGCGUUCAUAAUCGGGCUGUAGCAUUAAGGUGUUGAUGAUCAAGAAGGGGGGAGUGAGAGAAAGCAGCUUCAUAAACUCCUUGUACACACAGAAAUUUGUAUUGGUCAGAUAGGGAUGCUGAUAGCUUCAUCCGUUAGUAAUAGAUAUGCAUAUAUACACUAUUCGAUAAAUUCGAUUGAAGACCACAGUUAAAUUGAGGGGCUUUAUUCAUGACAAUUCGGUAAGCUGCUUGGAUAAUGUCAAUACUAACAGAACUUAAUGAAGAACCAAUUAGGAAAAAGUAUUUCUUCGUUCUAUUCAUCUUCCUUCUAAAAAAGAAAGGCAAUUCAAAGUGCAAUGUCCAACAAAUCUUUAAUCCUAUGUCAUUAUUAUGUAACAAUUUAUAGGUCAUUUUAUUAUUAUUCCAACUGAUGAUCAAAAUUUUCAUAAAUUUAAACUUAUCCCCACAGAUUCAUUAUAUACGCGUUCUAGCGUUGUGAGCAGUAAUAAUACCAACACCAAUUACCGAUACAACACUAACAGCCGUUUGGUUCCAUCGGCUAUCAUCCCAUCUAAAUCCAUAGAAUCCCCGGCUCAUAAAUUGUGUAAAGCAAUAAUUUAUUAUAUUGAUAUAACUUCAGUAUCCUGCCAUUCUAUGCUAUUUCUAUCAGUUGCUCUACUCACAUUGAUUGCUCUGAAUAAUCUGUUGAUUUAUGCACUUUCAAAAUAAUACAAAUUGUAUAGCUCUAGUUAGUUUCUGAUAAUUGCUGCAAAAUCAUUUUAUGCUUUAGUCUAUAGUUUAUACCGAAAUACGAUUAGUAAUGUUUUUUUAACCAUUAUUAUUACAACGGGUGUAUUUGGGCUGGUUUUUGGAAACAUUUGUUGACACUUCUUUUAGUAUCUCUUCAGUAUAUAUGUUGUUUUUCCAGAGGCUACAUAAACUUUUUCGAUAGAAUCAUAUUUAUAUAUAUCGAGUAGGCUGAUGAGUUUGUCGUUACUUUUGUUCACUCUUUUUUUGGUCUGCUAUAGCAACACUGAAAAUAGUGCUUAAAUAAAACAGAAAUUUAGGAGAGAUAUCACUGAUGAAUAAGUUAUUUCGUUAGCAAAAGUUUUGCAAAUGGUACUAAAACAUUGUCAUUGAUCUGGAUCUGCCUUAGGGUUGUGAUCACAUAAAACGUAUUUACUCCUAUAGCAUCUACUACCCAUGGUUUUUUUUCUGAAGUAAGAAUUCAACUAUGUUAUUGGUUGACUUUUUAAAAACUUUGUAUAUCUGAGAAAAAUGCCUAAUAAAUGUUUAGUCUUUCUUAAUACUGUUUACUCCACCUUCUAUGUUCAUUAGGUCGCUAGCUCACGAAGCCAAGUGAUAUUCAUCAUAAAUCUUCUUUGCUUUCUUUCAUAUUCACCUGAUCCAUGACCACAUCUUUACUCUCAUCCUUUCUAAUUUUGGUCCUUUCAUGUAACAAUGUUGUCUUGUUAAUCGAUAGUGUUGAACAAAUACUGUAUAUUCUUAAUACGUGAAGUGGAAAUCUUAUACUUUAUAGUAUUCUGUUUCAUACCCACCAAUGUAGGUCGACAUUUAAAUAAUUCCCUCCAUUGUUUAACUUCAGUAACCAUUUUCACUUUUUUAGAUUGAUUAAUUUCCGAAGGUUUCAAUUAUCCCGUUGUUGAUAUUCUUGACUAAAUUUUGGUUAGUCGUAGUUGUAAUAUGUACAUCCUGUGUGAAUUGCCUCGAUAUAACAAUUUUGUCACAAGUUUACUGGGUUCGAGUACCAGUGUUAACAUCAAUACUGGAAUGUAGGUACUUUUAGCUGACGGGUUCCAGACAGGAUGAAACGUGCGUCCUGGUUUCCACUACUAACCAAAAUACCCUGUUCUGAGAAUUCUAUAUAUUGUACCAAAAUAUAAUAUUUGAAUAAAGUCAAUAAUAGUAAUAUAUCUCUUCCAUAAAAACUGAUUGUUACACUUGGCUGGGGCCAUAGACUCAGAAUUUGUUUUGAUUGUUAUUCAUCAGCAGGUAACGUAUGCAAUCUUGAAGUAUCUGGUGAUCCUUCACAUAUUUUUUUUGCACGUUACUCAGUAAUGAAUUCAGGAAUGCUGUUACUGAGCUACUUAGAUUGGAACUAACUUGUGAGUGUGAGGUGCUUAGAAUGAUAAGUCACUAAAUAGCAACUAACGCCAUGUAGUACAGCCCCUAGCUAUUGAUCAGAUCGUAUCAAUCGGCUAAAUAAUAUCAAUUAAGUUGCAAUAAGGUUUUGAUUCUUCUAAUUUAGCGGCUACAUUACAAGUAGACUGAUGAGAUUCAUUCAACAUUCUAGAUUAAGAUGUAUUUAUAUUUUAUUUGAACACAUAAAUAUUGGUACAAAGAGGCACCGAAUACAUAUGCGCCACACAAGUCACUUGGUUUGGGUUUGGUCUGUGAUCCUGCUUGGGUGCCCAGAUCGAAGCAGGUGGUUUCCUUAGGGAGCCGCACCCGGAGCCUUUGGUCUGAAGGUCUGAUCCACAAGGCAGUGGAGCAACGUCAGGAGACGCAGUCUCAUGGCAGCCGGUGAUCAAUAGUUGGUUCAUUUGCCAUUUAUUCCUUCAGGAUUCUUGAGACCACGUACACUAUUGGCUUGGAAUCAGAGUUUUCCGAAUCCCCUAAGGGGACCAUCCGUGUCCACCAAACCGGUUAAAGCGCCGGACAUUCGCUUUUCGUCCUCUCAAUUUCGUAAUCAGCACCCCUGCCGCGAGAAGCCAGUGAGUAAGACUUUCGUGGUAGUUGCUGUAUACGCGUGGCCAUGUGAGAGCACUUUGAGAGGAAGAGCGGACUCUCCUCACUCUCAUCCCUACUAGGGCAUUCGUGGGCUACAUUAAAUAAGAUGACAUUAGUCGCUACUCAGUGAUUGAUUAACAUGAUUGCUCAUUGAUGUGCUGUAAGUAAUAGUUCUCAAUGUUCAACUCGAUUUACUCAUAAUUUAAAAUAUAACAGCAUAUACUGGCACUGAAUAUAAAAUUUUAAAAUAGUACGUUUUUAUGCUUAAUACUAAUAAAUCCGACAGUAAAUGAUUGCCAAGUAACUUCAUUUGUUUAAUUAUAUGCGAUUGUUCUUGAAGAAUGUUCUAACUAUCCUGAUGUUAAAUUGUAGAUUGUUAUUAUUAUCAUCAGCUUUAUUCAAUAUUAUAUUUUUGGUACAAUAUAAAAUUCUCAGUGCAAAGUAUCUCAACAAGUUUCCAUUUCUUUCUUCUUGGUCGGUCCUGGCGAUAAAUAUUGAGUGAUCGCCACUUAGAUGUUAGCAGUUCACUAAAUGAACAUCUGAAUAAUGUGCAUUCUUUUCGUUGUUUAUUGCCAGCAACCACAUUGUCUCUUAUUGAGUUUUUUGUAACUUUGACAACGAAAGGUUGUACAAUCUUCAGAAACGCAGCAGAAUAGGUUAUGCGAUUAAUAAACAUAAUGAUAUAUUAAAACAAACAAAAAUAGAUAACUUGUUGAAAUAUCUAGAUGGCAGGAACAGGUAGCCCAGAUGUUCAAGCAGAUGGUUUUCUUAGGGGGCCGCACCCGGAGCCUUUGAUCUGAAGGCACCCAAGCGGAUACUACUUAUAACCAACAAAAUGAAAUUAGAGAUUAUUCGUAUUCAUUAGUGCUAUUUAUUAGAUAUCGGUUAUCAGUCAGGUAAGUUUCAGAUAUCGGUUAUUGUCUUGUCUUUCAUUGAUACUCACUUAAUUAUGCUAGUUAAUUAUAAAACAAUUGUCUUUUUUUUGUUAACAUGUACAACUAACUAGAAUAAUACGAAAUAUAGAACAGUAGUUCAACAAUUCUGUUCAAUACAGUCAAUUUCUUCUUUGAAUUAGUUUGUGUCUUUAGUAGAAUAAGCAUUUAGAGUUAUGCCAUACUUUUCAAAGAACUUGAUUAUUUAAUUAUUACUCUAUCCAAAAUAUUACUGUUCAUAGUGAUGUAGUCACUUCUAUACACAAAAUCAUCUUAUCAUCUGAUCAAUUUUCUUAUCCUUCUAAUAAAAUUAACGGAUUAGUGGUGAAUAUAAUUCCUUGUCUUUAUUGUUUUUUCAAGUUAUUGGGACUAUUGGAAUGUAACAUAUCAAUCUUAGUGUAAAUGGUAAAUAUUGUUAGCUACUGUAGAUUCGGCAUUUUUGUUUUGAAACUUCCCAGACAGGCAAUUUUAAAUACUGUAUUUACUUAUUUAUUUAUUUUUAUUUAAACACAAAAUUGGUACAAAGAGGCACCAAAUACAUAUACUCCACACAAUAACAAUGAGACUAGUGGUAGUCAUCAUUGAUUUGUGUGAGGGCUGUGAUACUGCCCGGGUGCCCAAACCAAAGCAGGUGGUUUUCUUAGGUGGCCACUCCCCGAGCCUUUAACCUAGAGGUCUAAUCCACAAGACAGUGAAGCAACAUUAAGAGAUUCAGUUCCAUGGUAACCUGUAACCAACGAUUGGUUCAUACGCGAUUUGUUUCCUCAGGAUCCUGAAGCACAUGUGCACCAUUCGUUUGGAAUCAGGGAUUCCCAAAUGCCCUAGAUGGAUUCUCAAUAUCCACCAACCCGAUUAAAGCUCUGGACAUUCGCUUUUCGUCCUCUCAAUUCCAUAAACUACAGCCCCACCAUGAGAAGACAGUGAGUGGAACUUCCGUGGUUGUGGCUAUAUACCCAUGGCCUUGUGAGGACAUUUCGGGAGGGAGAGCUGACUCUCCCACCCUCAGCUGUACCAGGGCAUCUAUAUAUGAGGGAAUGUUUCAAGUCCUGGUGUUGUUAUUAUUUUUCCCCAGUAAACUGCACAAUUAUUUAAUUCGAAUAAUUGAUUUGUUUUCUUAAUCUCUGCUGCGUUUUAGCUUACAUUUUGUAAAAUUAUGUCUCAGUCUUCAGAGCUCGUCGGCACUUCUUCUAUAGUCUUUGCUCAAAUAUGCCGCCGUUAUUGCUUGGAUGUAUGCAUAUAUAGUCAGCUGCACAGUAUUUUCCUAAUCAUUAGUUUAUUCACCUGCUUGUCUCAUUGUUAAUCAUUCCGUUUUUGUGCUCUGUGUUUAGCUUUUCUUUCUUACAUAUUCAACAAUCGGUUCGUAAGAGAAGCAGAAAAAGUUAGCGAACAAAUGAUACAUCAGGAUUACUGACAUUCUAAUCUUCAUUUUAUCAUCGUGUCAUGAUAUUUUUCAUAAAAUUGAUAAGUUUUUCAAUUCUUUGUUCUAUUUUUGAUUGUUGGCACCUACGUAAAUGUAGAUGUGCUUCAUAGGGAUUUUUCAAUGUUUUACGUGUCUAUAUCUGUGUAUGAAGUAUUAUAUUAAACUGGUCAUUAUGAAAUCCUUCAUUGGUUUCAUAUAGAUCAUUUCAUCGUAGAAUGUCAGCUCCACUUACUGUCUAUUGGGAAUGACCAUUACUGGUGAGAUCAUUAUGAAGAUAGUGAACGCAUAGCAAAUUGUAUCAAUUUGAGCCGUCUUUAUCUCUGUUGCGAUUUUAAUCUAGUUGUAAAAUUUAGAGUUUACAAUGCGUCGGAAGAGGAGUUUUAUUCUAUGGUUGAGAAACCUGGCUCAUCCGAGGUUAGGAUAUAUAACAACUCCAUGUUUAUUCAUUGUUCCUUUCGAAGGAUUUUUGACAUCUGCUAACUACACCAUGUUAGUACUCCCGACGUUCGACAAGAGGUAUUCCGAUGCAGAGAAAUUUAUUCAAGUAAUGUCACUUUCCCGAAGUACCGACUUUGAUGCCUUAAUCAUAUGUUGCGAAUGCUCUUUCAGCGUCUUCCAUAUUGUGGAUUAUUCGGCGACACUGGGACUGAGUGGGAAAAGUGUUGAGGUGUUCGGUUAAUGAUAUGAGUUUGUGAUAUGAAAGAAAUUAAAAUGGGACUAGGAUCCGUCCGUAAACCCUGACUCCUUGGUUAGGGUCGUACAGAUUGUGUAACUCAAUGUUUUCAGAAGCUAUCAUAAGUGUCUUAGAGUGCAAGUAACUAAUGAUCCAAAUGUACUUUUUCUCUGUAUUCAUCACAAAACUGAGAAUAACGUUUUUGAUUGAGAGAAGUCCUUUUUUGUUGUACUUUCGUUCUAACUUUAUUUCUCAUUGUGUACCAUUUCUAUUCAUUUAUUUAUUGUAUGUACUCUCAUUCCCUACUCUGUUUUCUUUGCAGUGUUAUCACUUCUUUUCUGCGGCACAUUUUGUGUUGAUUUAUUAUAUCAAGCUUUGUAUGCUUAAAUAAAUAAGGGAUAGUAAACAAUUUGUGAAUAGCUUCAUGUACUAAUGCAUAGUUAUCAGGUGAUGGAUUUUUAGGGGAUGCCAACUAGUCACUUUUUAGUAACUAGUAUUGUAUUGUCAUGGACUUAAUUCUAGUUCUUGCAAUGUAACUACUAAACUAGUCGUUUCAGCAUCUCUGUAAACUCUGUUUAACGUAGUUGUAACUGACUGGAAUCUUGCGAUCUAUCUAAGUUUCAUUAUAUUUGAUAUUCACCUUCAUUCUUGGGUGAACGGCUAUUUUUUAUGUUAUUCAAACGUUUAUCACGCAGUAUCGUGAACAAAUAUAUUAGUACUGGAUUAUCUGUUAAUUGCAUCUGGUCACGUGUUUUACAUGCGUUGCUUGAAUGCAAUAAAAUGUCCAAAUUGCUAAUUUUGAGCUUUGAUUUACAGAUUCCUGUGGAAAUGGUAUACCGAUAGAUAAGGGUUAAAACGUUUACCCUCUUGUGAUUGGGAUAUGUAUUAUGUAUGGUUAGCUAUCAUCUAUCUCAUCUCACAAUGCUUUCAGGCAUAAAAACAGUGUUUAAGGAAGCUGAAUACAGAAAUAUUAUGACAAGACAUCACUCAGUGAAACUAUCGAUUUUUGUCUUGAGAAGUAUUGAUUGAUGAAAACUUCCUAAUUGAAACACUUGAGAUAAUCGUAGCUUGUACGUUGGGUGACAUAGCUUAAAAUUAACUGAGGUGGGGGCACAGUUACAUUUAUUUCUCAUCUUUCUCUGGAAACUAAACUUGGUAUCAUUACCUAUUCUUCGUUUUCAAUCUCAUCCAUUCAUUUUAUCGGCUAUGUUUUUGAUCUUUAGUUUAUUUUGACUGUUUUUCAUCUUGCCUUUUGAUUCUGUGUUGUUUGCAACUGGCUGACUUUUUAUUAGUUAGAUGUUUUCAUCAUGUCUAGGUUGUUUACCGUUUAAUGAAGUCUGUUCCGCAUGAGUGUUGAAUAUCGAAGUCGUUUUCUCUUUUUUGCGGCGAUUUUUUAAAUGUAUGAUCGUGUACGACGAGAGAGAUACGUAUGCAAGGUUACUUGUCAGUAGAAUCAAUAACUAGCAACACAGAUUGAACAGUAAUAAAUAAGUUAUUCAAUUAACUUUCAUUGUUGGUUUCUAUUUCAGCCUCAACUUCUCAAUUAGAUAUUUCUACUCGUCUAGUCAGUGAUAAUGGUGGUGGUUACCCAUCACAAAGUUUGUAUCCUCGUCAAGAUUCAGGUAAAUCAAGGAUAUCAGCCAGUUCAUAUUUAGAUGAGCAAGGUGUUGCAACACCUAUUCAACAGCGAACUGAUGGAGUUGGUGAAGUUUCAGCUGCACCUUUUGAGUCACCUGGUAGUUUUCAUACUUCAGCAUUCGGUGCUCAACCUGAUGAUCGACCUAGUAAACCUAUUGAAGAUAUGACAAAGCGUGAAACAGCUGAAUAUGUGACACAUUUACUAAAAUCGUUACAAACUGCUCGAACGGAAAUUACCCGUUUACAAAUAGAAAAUGAUCGAUUGACUGGUCAUUCACAUGAAUCUGAACGAGAAUUAAAUGAAGUUCGUAUGACUUUGGCAACAUUACGCAAUCGUCUAUUAGAAGACAAUCUUACACAAUAUCUUGAAUUGCCUCGUGAAACCAAUGGUUACAUGGGUAUUGGAAGUAGCAGAGUCGAUAGUGUUAUUGGUCUUAGUGUGCGUAAUAAUACUGGUAUGAUGAACAAUGCCAAUCCAUUUGACAAUGUACGACAUGAAAGUACUAUUGAACCCCAAUCAUUUUUGUCGAAAAUCUCCUCUCUAGGAAUGAAUGCUCGUUUAGGAAAUAUCAUUCCACCGACAAAUAAUCAAUUACAAAUAAAUGGAAACAGUGCUAAUAUUGGUGGGGGAGGAUGGUGGUAAACAAAUAAUCCAUAGAAAAAUAAAUAAUAAUUUGAAUUAAUUAGAUUAUUACACUCCCCGACCUCUACUUUGAUUUUGUUUUAGAUAAUUGAAUCAUCUUGACCAUGUAAUGAAAAAUACUUUUACAUGUGCUUGAAUGAUCCUAUUUGCUCAUUUGUGUGUAUGAUUAUUUUUUCUAUUUAUUAUUGUUUCCUUGACGUAAGCAGAGGUGAUUUUGUACUUAGGUCUAUAUGUAUAUGCUGUUCGCAAAGUAAAAAAAAAACAUUUCAGGUUGAAAUGUCUUUCAACAUUAUUACUAUUAUUGUUACUGACUAUUAUUAUUAUUAUUAUUCCUAUUAUUCUGCUUCCAAAUAUUACUAUGUUUAUUUUAUUUAAACAAUAUCGAGGCUAUAGAUAUGAAAAAAAAACAUAUGAACACAGACAAGCGCAUUGAUUAACACAUAUCCAUUCACUAUUGUUCAACAGCUUUGGUGAAAUACAGUAAUUAUUUUAAAUGGUAAAUCUACACUUUUGUGCAUCUACUAAAUACAAGUUCAGAGGUUAUAAUCCAUUGUACCAUAAUAAUGAAAUAAAUUUUUGUGUUUUUUUUUCUAAAAAAAAUCUUAUCUAUUCAAUUGUUUUUGUUUCUAUUCCUAACUAGAACAAUAUUUAAUUGCUCAAUGAUCAAUAGAAUGUUGCCAUCAUUCCUUCUAGAUAAACAUUUUUCAUUUACACUUAUUCACAUUAUCCUGUAUUCUCAUAUCAAUAAUAAUAAUAAUAAUAAUAAUAAUAAUAAUAAUAAUAAUAAUAAUACUUCUUUUAUUAUCUUUACUGACAAUGUUUCAUUUCUGUGUUAUCUUCUAUCUUCUCUUAUGUAUUUGUUUCUCUAAAAAGGACUACUUAUUACUUUACUUCCUAUCAGAUAAUUUUCACAUGCAAAUUUGAUAAUGUUGUCACAUUUCAUUGAUAAUUUUCUAAAGAAAAAAGAUUCCCUUUUAUCCAGGGUUUACUCAUUGAGAGAGUUUUUCUUUCUUUCUUUUUUUUUUAAAUUGAAGAAAAAUUUUGUUUCUAUGUUUUAGUAAAAUAAAUUUUUCGUUUGGUUUUAUCCAAAAAUCAUUCAUUCCAUGUGCUUUCCUAUGUGUGUGUGUGUGUGUACGCAAAUCGAUUGGCGCUAAAAAAAAACACAACAACAUACAUCCCCAUGCUAAAUGUAUACAGGCGUAUACGUGUGUUUGUUCUUAUUAUUUCAUAUAUAUGUAUAUUGACAAGGUGGAAAAUAAAAUGGUUGUGUGUACUUUCUCAACCAUAUACACAUAACAGAGUGAUUUCAAGGUGUGUUCCAAUCAUAUUUAUCAUUUUUGUUUUCUUUGAUCUGAAAUUUCUUUAAUGAUUUCAUUCAUGGUAAAUUCCAUGCAUUAAAAUCUUUUUUGUUGCUUCAUCUAGGAAUUUUUCAUCACAUGCCAACUCCUCUUUUAUUUUUGAAUAAUAAAUGAAAUUGCUUUUCCCUCACUUUAAUUGAAUCUUACAUCAAUCAGUUUUUUUUUGUCUUGUCGUGUUCAUUGCAUGUAAACAAUUGUUUAAUGAUUAUUUAUCAUUUGAGAGUGCCUAAUUGAAUAUCAAUGUAUAUGGAGUUUCUUCAUAUUAUCAUUAUUAAUAUUAAUAUUAAUACGACCAAUAUAUAUUUACUUUUUAAUAUGGAAUAGUCAAUAAUUUUCUACUUAUUAAUAUGCACAAUUUGUUGUUUUUCUGUGCCAAUUUCAACAAUUGUUUAUUCUUUUUUGUUCUGAAAAAGAUGACGAGGGACUGAAAGAGCAAGUCAGCUAGCGAGAAAGUUGUCAUUUUUUGUUUUAAUCUACUAGUUUUAAGUGACAUCAGGAAAGAAAAUAGUUCGAUCCUUUGUGAUUUUAAGGGGUUCUCUGUUUUGUUUUUGAAAAAAGAUUACUUUUCAUGAAUGUACUGUAUUACUGUGCGUACGUCGGGCAUACACUAGUAGUUAUUUGGAUUUUAAUUCACUUUGAAAGGAAUUUUGUAAAGCCAAAAAGAGAAAUGAUUAACUGUAAUUGUGUAUUGUGAUAAGAUAUAUUUAAUAUAAUAUUGAGAAUGUUAACUAAUUAUUAUUAUUUGUUUAUAAUUAGCAAUUCUUUUUUUAUCCAGCCUAACAAAAAAGACGUUGAAAAGAAUUCAAUAUGAAACUAAUAACAAGAUAUUGUUCAGUUGGAUAUUAAUUAAUAAAAGUGUUCAUAAUGAUAACCAUGAUUAAUAAUGACAGAAUGAAUACUUUUCAUAUGAUUCUUGUCUUUUGUUUUGAUUGUGUGUCUCUGUGUUUAUGAAAUACUGGAUCUUUAUUUGUUGGUGUUUGAUGAUAAUGGAUUAUUUCCAUUGAUAAAUAUUUGUGGUGAUAGAUGGAUUUUAUGCGGUGAAUGUUUCGAUGUUUAUACUUGAGUUUGUUCAUUAAAAAUAAGCUCAGUUAUCUGUCUAAUGCACAAGAUUAACAAGGUUCUUAUCCAAUUAUAGAGUUAUUUUUUCCAUCUUCAAUCAUUCUUACUAGAUGAUUUUGAACAACAUCAAUGUUUCAACCACAGUUAAACUGUCCAAUAUAAUUGUAAACAUUCUAUGAAAAGCAUUCAGAUUUAUUAAUAGGUUCGUGUAUUCAGUUAUGAAUUACACUUUGCGUAAUGUCUAAUGAUUCUUUUUGGUUACACGAAGCAAUGUAGACAAAUCAAGACUCAGACCUGAAAGUUGAAUGCCUUAAUCAAUAAGGUCUACCAAAUUACAGAUGGUCGCAUAACAUAUUCUAAGGUACUUCUAUCUCUUUCUAUUUUGACACUCAAUUAGGUAGUAUGCAACACACGAUACACAAAAAUAAACGAAUACAUACUUGUUAAGUGAUUAUAUCUUAAAUUACUAAUGCGACUUUUCGUUUCUGUAGCCAUUUUGUUUAACUUUCAACUCAAUUAUCCUAAUCACAUAUAUGCGUUUACUUUGAAAAUGAUAGGUUUACUUUUUUUUCGUUACCCUAUUAUGGUUACCGUUUCUAUCUUAACAUUUGAUUGAAAAUAAAAUUUCAAUGGUUAAGAUCAUGAAUCGAUUGAAACUAGACAACCAUGGAAAAUUUGAAAGCACUGGAUGGCCGGUCAGUUUCAAUCGACUCAUGAUCUCAACCAUUGAAAUUACUAUAAUAUCUACAAAACGCUUCUGAUAUGUGAAAAUAAAAUGUUUCUAGUUCUGGAAUACUUAAAAUCUAUUUUAUUCAGUGAUAUGUUAACGUUGUUUUUUUUUGAAUUCAUGAUAUAAACCAUAUGACGAAUAUUUAAUUAUUGUUUCUAACUGUUAAAUAACCAUAGAAAUCAUUUUCAUUUUUUGUGUAUCAUUUUUUCAUGUGUUCAUAAUGCUAGGCAAUUUAUGUAAUGAAUCUUGUGCAUAAAUUACUUAUUUAUCUUUUCAUGUGACUAGAGAUUAUUCGAAGGUUAGACUAAUUCAAUUAUGUCUUUUGUAUAUUCAUAUGAUUAUAAAGUAUUAUUUGAUUUUUAUGCCUUAUUCCAAUCAUUGUUGUUUUUUCUUUCUAUAGUUUUAUUCCAUCUGAACAAGAAAUCAUAGUAUAGGAAUUGUAAGAUCAGUUAGAUUCAGAAUUAUUGAUGUGAACUUAUUGUGUCUCACCUCAAUAGCUGGAGAUUUUCAGUUUAGUUCUUAUUGGGUUUAAUACUUUCGAGCUGAAAAUCAAGUUAAAGUAAUUAUCCAAUGCUCUCAGAUUUUCAGUAGUUCUACAGCUAUAGCCGGCUCAGUUUGUGAUCUAAAAUUAAAUUAUAAUCAACAAGUUAUAUAAAUCCUUUACGUUGAUAUACUUAACGAAAUUUCAUAAACGCGAAUGUAUAGAGUGAUGACGUAAUGGUCAAAUAAUUCUAAUUAAUAUCUCUUGAUCAUGGGUCUUAACUUUGUUUCCAUUACUUCAGUUCCGGCUAAUAGAUCUCAUACAUAACAAGUAGUCAUGCACAUAGAUCUUUACUUAACAAUCAAUGAGUUACAUCCUAUACAUGGUUUAGCAGCGAGAGCUGGUGUUUUUAGUCUAAUCUUCUAUCUGGAUAUAUAUACGCACUUCUGGGGAGUCAUACUACGCAAAAAUCACUUGAUUUGUGUGAGGGUUAGGAUACUGUCCUGGUUCCCAAACCAAAGCACCACUUCCAGAGCCUUUGACCCAGAUGUCUAAUCCACAGGACAGUGGAGCAACAUUAGGAGAUCCAUUACCAUAGUAACCAGUGAACAACAAUAGAUUUAUACACUUUUUGUUCCCUUAGGAUUCUGAAGUGCAUUUGCACCAUUUGUUUUGGAUCAGGGUUUCCUAACUCGCUUGGGUGGAUCCUCUGUACCUACCAACCUGAUUAAAGCUCCGGACAUUCGUUUUUCGUCCUCCUAAUUUAGGGAACGACCCCAUCACGGAAAGACAGUGAGUAGAACUUCCCUGACCGUGACUGUAUACGCGUGGCCCUGAGAGAGCAUGUAGAGAGGGUGAACUGACACUCUUCACCCUGGGCAGUACCAAGGCAAUUGGUGGCAUGGGAAAAUGUUUGGAUUAACAGUCAAAGAUAAAUAUAUAGUCAAAUGAAUACUGCAGCAUUGAUGCGUGUAUUUAAGAAAUAUGUAAUAUACUUCUAUCUUCUUUUAUCCUUCAACAAAUAGGUUUUCGGGUAUUAUUUAUUCGACCUCUUAUUUUUUCUCAAAUAUCAUCGAUCUGUUAUUGAACUCAACUCUGUUUUCAGGCUUACAGUAAUUUGAAUAAAAAAUUACAGUACAAAUUUGCUGAGUCAAUAAUAAAUACCUAAUUAAUUACAGAAGUGAUUAGACAAAUUCCACAGUGCAUUAAUUCAUUUAUUUUUUCAGAAGUGUAUUAUAUAUAGCUUGAUUGAGAAAGAAUUCAAGGUGUGUAAAACUAAAAAAAAGGUUGAUCCUCUCUUGUUGUUCUUCGAUUUGGGUAACAUUCAAACAAACAGUGUAGUUCAAAGCGGAGUGCAUAAACUUGUUCACUGUGAAUAAAUUCUACCAUUAAUUUUAUUUAUUAAAUUAACAUAAUAAGGUUUUUUGGUUAAUCCCUUUUCAAUCAUUCUGCGUAUUACGAAACAUUAAGGUUAAAAUCAUAGUUUGUGUUAUUUCACCAAUGAAAACUUCUUUUUGGAAUUUAGUACUCAGUUUACCACCUCAGUGGAACUUUUAAUCCUUUUCGAUCAAGCUGGGAUUACUUCCUUAUAACUGUACUAUGUUGGUAUGUACACAUAUACCUUCAGUGACAUAGAAAUCAAUUUUACUUCAAUAACAAUCCCACGUAUUUGCUACUCAGUUUUCUACACAUAGAGAUCUUAUCACUUCAGUAACAUCUGUUGUCAUAAAUAACAAACUUCUCUUCAAUAUUUGUUAUCAAAUUGAAUUGUUAAUUGCAAUUAUAGCAUUUAUAUUAUGAUUUAGUAAACACUAUUCUGACCUUAAGUUUGUUGUGUAUGUGUUACCACGUAUUUGAAUGAUUGCCUAAACAAUUUAGCAUAUAUUUAUAUUAUUACACAUCGUUAUUUUUAUUUUGAGUAAUAAUCUGAAUUGGUUGACAACUAUGAUUUAUUGUGAGUGUCCUAAUACUCGAGUUAAAAUAAUUAUUGUCAUUUUUUAUGGGUUUUGAUCGUACCUUAUUUGUUAAUUCAUAUCACCGCAACUUAAUCGAUAGGAUUCUUCAUCGCAUUAGGCAUAUAUGACAUUGAUCAUUACUAACAGGUUAGUCAAUGUAAAUAUCUCAAUCUUACAAGUGGUCAUUUGCGAUCCUAACAUCAUAAGGGCAACGUCUUCGACUCUGAAGUUGGUUGAUUAAAGCCUGAAUCAGACAGAUAGCACCAGUCCCCUCAAGAUUGCAGAAACGCCUUACGAGUACCAGGGCUUCUUGCCGAUCACUUCCAAUUCUACUUAACAACUUGCAUCGAUCUGUUAUUACUUAGCAUCAUAAAGUCAAUCGAAAUGUUUGUCUCUGUGAAGUUAAAAUCAGAAAAUUAAGGAAAUGCUAGUCAGCUAUGUAAAUCUCAUGAUUGUGCCAAUAAACAGAACCAUUUAAUCGUAGUUCAUAAAUUAUUUGGAUAUGAUAUUUUGAGCAGAACUGAAGACGUACUAAUAACUUGUAUCGAACUCAAUUCUGUUGGCUUUGAGGAAUACUAUUUUUGUCGACAUUCUUUAUUGCUAAGUCUGUUUUUUUGGACAUUUCAAAUAACGUACUGAUUUUAGUUAGCCAUUAAAACCGAAGGAAGACUGGUCAUCUACUUCGUCUUAGUAUAGAACUCCUGCGAAAUGUGCAUUCACAACCCUAUCAGGUAUCGAUCUUAUGUCUUUCAGGUCUUAUAACCGAACACCCUAACCUAUAAAUCACUGAGAAGGGGUACAAUUAUUUGCAUUUCCAACUCCAGUUAAUUCUUAAUGUGUUAUUUAUUAGAAGCUAAGCAACCGAAGAUUAUAUGUUUUUGUGUGAGGCAUCACAUCGCUGUUUUUAUUUUGACCAGUUCAACUUUCUAUGAUCUCAGAUCAUAAUUAUCUUCAAUGUAUAUACAAAAUUUUCAUGGAAUCAAGUUGCUUCAUUAUUAUCGCGUACCUAUUGUUAGCGAGAUUCAAGAUGAAUUUCACGAAAUUGCAAUAAAUAGCCCUUUUUACCCGGCACAAUCAAAAUAUUCGCGAAAAUUAGAUGGUAUUAACGCAAUGACUACAAUGGAUAGUGAUCGUUGAUGAAGUUGAACAUCUGGGCCAUUGAAUUCAAAUUCAGUUGCUUAAUGCCAUCUUUAUCAACAUGAGAGUUUCAUGUUCGAUUUUAUACAAGGCCUUCGGUUAAUAUUUUAUAUUUCUCUGCGUGCCAUCAUUCAUGUUGUUUAUCCCUUUAGAUUGAUCAAAUUCUAUCAUUUAAGUUUCAACGUCACCACUCAGAAUAACUUGAUAUCACAUUGUCGUAUGCUUGAUCUUAAAUAGUUACUGGGGGGAUGGGAGUAACAUUAAGUAACAGGUUAUCUGAUAGAGGUUGGUACUCAAUGAUUUGUUUUUAAAAUAUAAUUGUAUUUACUUGAUCAUAAAUUAAUCCACUAUUAUCAGAUGUGGUAGCUUUUAAAGCAUCUUAAGUGUAAGUCUUUUAUUAUAAGUAUUUUUUUCUCCUAAUAUUUCCUCUUGAAUCUUUCUCUGAUACUUACUUUAAAUACUUAUUCAUACCUGUCUUUUAUUAAUAUUAUUCUCUUAAGAUAAAUCAGCUAAAUGGAGGUAUUUCUAGGUCGUUCGAAAGUGAAAAAGCCCGUGCAAUUACCAAAGUCAUCAUUAUCGACAACAUCGUCAUGUUUCCUGUCGGGUAGUAAUAGUAAUAGCAGUAGUACUUUACCAUUUCCAAUAUUGUUUAAAGAAGAUUUCACGGAAUUCAAUUCUGAUCAUGAUGAUAACAAUAAUGAUGGUAUAAACAGUUGUGAACAGUUUACAUUUCAAGCGGUUUUAUUAAAUGGUGCUAAGACAUUAAUCACUGAUUUGGAACAAAUCAAGAUACUUCGAAAAAGAGGUUGUUACGGUUUCAGUCAGAAUAAUGAUUUUAAUCUUCGCAAUAAAACCAACAGUAUACCUAAAGAAUACAGUACAGAUGAUGACGACAAUGAUGAUAAUGACGAUGACGGCGGGGAUACGUCAGAUGCAGAGAAUUCAAUUUAUGAUUUUUGUAUUUCAGAAGGUAUUGAAAAAACAGAUGAAAAUAUUUCCAACGAAACGGACGUUACACAUUUAAUAUUGAAUGAUGUAGAAACGUUGUUUUUACUCCAUGGACUUGGUUGUUUAGACGUUUACUUGCCACCUAAUGGAAAUUCACAGUUUCAUUCAACCAUUGAAUGUCAACAGCUGGAUCCAUUGUCUUUGGUAAGAUAGAAAGAAGUUAUUUUAGUUUAUUUCUGUAUCAUGUAACAGUAAUUUCAUUUUUUUUAUAUUGUUUUUUGUUUGCUUAUACAUAAAUAUACAAUGCAUAAUGUACUGACGAUUAGUAUUGUCUAGUUAGAGUAGUUGUCUGGUAGUUUGUCAUUUGAACUUGAUCAUGUUUAGCCGUAUUUAGUGAAUUGUGUUUCAAAUGUUUGUUAUCAAAUUUAAACAGAGUUGGAUGGUGACUGACAGUAGAAUCCAAGACGCACUUCUCGUCCUAUCUGGAAUACGUCAACUGCAUCUCAGAACUGAUAUUUACUACGAUACUUGAACCCCGUAUCGUUCCCUUCAAACCCCAUCAUCACGUUAUCCACUUAGCUACUGAAUCCAGAUGGCUACUGGCUUUUGCAUUGGAGUGAAUUUUAAUCCAUAUAUAUUGGUCAUGUAGAUCUUCCAACUGAUACUUUAGGACUAAAGUUGAUCAAUCUCUUAUAGGCGCAUGUACAUCCUGUACGAAUUGCCUUGAUAUUGCCACUAAGUCACAAGCAUUUUUAAGCAAACAUAGAGGGUUGUUAGCAGCGAAAUCCAAAUUGUUAUUGAAUAUUUCAACACGUCCACUUGUAUUGUAGGUCAACGAACACCAUACAUCUUUGAAUUGUUGGACAGGAUCAUACUUUGAAAUUAUUUACUAGUCAAAGUUAUAUGUUGAGUUUCGCUUAAGCUAUUUACAAUAAAAUCACUGAUUCUGUCAGUGUACUUGUUUCGUACGAUUGAUGGCUCAUGAGAACUCCCAUGUUCCUACAUGUAUUAUCGGAAUAUCAAAAGCUUUUUUGCUAUAAGUACUAUCUGUUACUCAAAUUCAUAGUUGAUGUGGUUGUAUAAUUACAACACCAAACCAUGUUGCAUUAUAACUUAUAACCCUUAGUUGGCGCUCAAGUAGGACACUUUCGAUACUAAACGGAUUAGUAUCAUCUAUACAGUUAUUUGACUGUUACGAAUGAUAUAAUAUAUAGGAACAAUUAUUAAAUUAGUAAGUAAUUUAUAAAAACUCCAUUAAAAAGCAUUUUAUAAACACUCACUCAAAAUACCCAUACUAAUCCAUUUAAUAAGCAAUAUUCACAUUCCAUAUCUUCUUUCGCUAUGUUCAGUUUAUUGACUACUGCCUCCCACGUUCACAGCCACAUUUGGCCAAAUAUUGUACAAAUGUUAUUUUCUAUUUUAUGGUACGUUGUGGUCUGUCUGGUUGAUAUAUAAACCGAGUAUGUUAGAAAUAAAUGAUUCAUAUUGCAGAAGCUGGUAUUGUAUUCCGAGCUCAAGUGGGCGGACAUAGGACCAAUAAGGACGUUAGGCUGUUCAUACCGGUCGGACGUCAUUGGUUUGGCACAGUGCUAAGAUUGGAUAAGUCGUAUUUUGAUUGGUGGAUAUAUCACGUGAUAAAAAGCCGGACAUAAAGUCACAACAAGUUGCAUGAAGAAUGUUUCUGUAUAUUCGUUUCUGAUCUAUGUUUGGUGUUCAAUGUUUAGUUAUUAUUGUAUCUCAAAGAUUAGUUACUGACAAUUGUAACAUCCUCCAAAUUUAUAUCAUGGUGUAGUAAUGUGUAGUUUCAGCAUAGUAGCGAUAAUCAUCCCGUAUAACUUAGUCACUCAUAAAUCUCAGCAUUUUAGAAUUGAACACUUCUUUCUCUUCAUAUUAAUUGAUUUAUUCUAAAUAAUAAACAAAGUUCUUAUUAGAAGAAGACUAAAAACUCCAAUAUUCUAAGUGAUUAAAACACAUGAAAAUGUUUGGAGUAUGAAAUGGUUCAUUCUUUCUUGACUUUAUUUAAACAGCACAUUCUUUGUUAUUUAAAGGUUAAUUUUAAUGAAUAUUAUUUAUCUGUUUAAUUAAACUUUAGUGUCAGAAGGGUUUUUUGUGGAUAUUAUAGUAAUUUUAAUAGUUGAGAUCAUAAGUCAAUUGACGAUAGACCAUCAUGGAGAAUUUGGAAGCAUUGAACGGCCGUUUCGUCCUAUUGCGGGAUUCAUCAGGAAUGCAUAUCCACGAUCCCACCUCGCGAGAUUUGGACCCAGGAAGAGUCCUACAAUAGGACGAGGCGGUCAUCCAGUACUUUCAGGUUUUCCAUGGUGGUCUAGCUUCAAUUGACUCAUAAUCUCAACUAUUAUAAUUAACUUUUGUUUAAUCUCAACUAAACAAUCAACAAAUUAUAAUUCUGAUAUUAUUUAUCAGUUUGCUUGUUAUUAUUAAUUUGAAAACAUUACAUUUAGAAUAGAUACAAUAUUAGACAUAAAUGAAUAUAGAUAUCUUGUUAUGUAGUGUCUAAGAUUGACUAUGUGUGAACAAACAAAGAGUUCAAGUACUGAUUUAUAUCAAUUACUGAAUCACUCAUAUCUAAGUUAUUUACAUUCUUCAUCAUAUGAUGUAAUCAAUAAGCUUGUGUUGUUGACUUUUUUUUUCUAUCUUACUCAAUAUGGAAUAGAACAUCUUUCAUCAGCUAUCUUUUAAUUGAUAAUAAUUUACAACCACUAUUAUGUGACACUGUAAAAUUGAUUACGCUUUGAUUGAAAAAUUGAUGUGUAUGGAUUUGGAAAUAUCAGAUGACCCGAUAUCUGUAUUCUUUUCAUUUCGUUUAUCGUAGAUAUUCUAUUUUGAAUAACUUAAUAAUUGAUAAGUCUUGUAAAUUUGAACGCUUUAUUCUGUUCCUAAGUUAUUCUGGUAACCCGCAAGCUAGAACUACGCAGCGACCUGAACUCGAAGGAAAAGGUGCAAAAUAAGCGAAAAGCACUUUACUCCAAAGGUUCAUUCUUGUACAGAAAAACACGGGUGUUUAUAGAUGUUAACAUUUGUUAAAUCAACAUCAUAUUUUGGCCAAUCCGCUAAAAGACAUAUUAUGCUACUGACCAAUAGUAGCACGCCACGUUGAUAUUCUAGAAAGCUCCAUCGUGCUCUGAUUGAUUGGCUAGGACUCUUCGGCUCUUUUAGGGCCUCUGGAGGCUCCGUUGCAGGUUUCGGAAAUCCGACUCAACAAUGACAGAAUAACCAGUAUCAUUAUAAUAAAUAUCUGCAUUUUGAUAAAUAUUCAGAAAAACUGCUGAAAUGAGAGGAAAUGUAGAACAAAGUGUUUUUCUUACUUCUCAGAUCUACAAACAAUUUUUUCCCAGUUAUCAGAUGAAUUAAGCUUGUGCAAUAUGCAAAUGUAAGAUCGACAGCCAAUGAUCUCUAGGACCUUGUUAUAUACUUCUAAAUUAAAUGCGGUCAAUAAACUGGAAAUUGGUAUUUACACAUGUUUUUUCCGGUGUAACAACACUCUGUUGUGCUCAAGAUGACUCUAGUUUUAACGGAUAAUAUUUAUAUAGAAUAGAAGCGUUCUUGCUAGCUGUAGAAUUUAAGACUCACCUUCCGUCCUAUUUGAGACUCGUCACCUGAGUGUGGCUACAUCUCAAUAUUGGUGUUCACGCCGAAACUUAAACCCAGUAAAUUUCUCUUCAAAUACUCUAAGCAUUAUCCAUCGAUCUAUGGAGACCAGAUAGGCACUAACUCAUUCAAUGAAUACGACGUUUGUAUGAUUAUUCAAAAACGAUUGAGUAAUCCUAAUGUCGUUAUUAUUAACCGAAAUUUGUCCAUUCUUUGUUUGUAUAUGUGUAUUCUGCUUUUAUUGACUCGAUAUAGCGAUUAUGCUGGUGGGUGGCCUAUGCUCCUCCAUGAAGGGUAACAGGCGUAAGUAUAUACAAUAAAUAGAUUGUAGAUAGGAGUGAUAUUCAAGAAACGAAUUUCCGACAAAGACUGAUCAAUAUUAGGAUGUAGGUACAUCGAGCUAAAUAGUCCAAAGUAGAACAGAAUAUCGGGUUCUGGUUUCCACUGUUAACCUUAAUUUAUCUAUUCUAUACAACUUAUAUCAUAAUGGUUAUCUUCAAGCAGUUCAAACAUAUAUCAUUAAGGACUGAUCAAAUUGCAGCCAAUAAUAUAAACAAUAAGAUCACUGAAAUCUUUCCUAAUAAUAAUAAUAGUGGCUUUAAUAUGCUGCUCAGAUAUUUCAAUAAUGCAUAUGUCGGUGUGUUUGUGAAGUCUAUUAUAGGUCUUAGAGGGGUGUCUGGUUUAUGAAUUUUAGGUAAACCAUAAAAACGUGAAGUAUUGCAUGAUUUGGAAUAUAGAGCAAACCAUAGCGAGACACAAAUGAUUGGUUUUAGUUCCUUCAAAAGUUGACUUGUCUCUGAUUUGACUUUAUUUUUAAUCGUUAGAGAAUUUUUUGCAUCGAUCUUUUCAUAUGGUCCCGUAGAGAGAUGUUCAAGAACUUUAUUAAUAUAAUCCUUUAUAUUCAUGCCCACUGUUUUGUUACCUUUGUCAGCUUUUGUGAUUAUAAUCGUUUUGUCUUUUUGAAGAGAAUGUAGAGCCUUCAAUUCUUCUUUUGAAAUGUUAGGCGUAAGGUGUUUUUGUUUAGUCAAAAUAUGGGAUGUCUUCUGUCGUAGAAAAUAUGACUUUUUUUCCGGUAGUUGUGCGAUUAGUUGUCCACUACAACUCAACUUACAUAAUAUGAUUAAAGAUUCAUAUGAAUUUAAAUCAAAAAUAUCUAAACUAAUUAUCCAAAAGAAUGAAAUCAUGGUAAGCUAUGAUGUUUCAUUAUACAGUAGUAUUCCUAUUGAUAAAUGCUUAGAAUUCAUUACUGGUUUACUAGAGAACAACAACAGUCUUUCUGUCAGAUGUCCUUUAAGCAUUAGUCUAUUCAUGAAAUCCUUAAAACUGCUUAAAUUCGACAUAUUUACUUUUAACGGGACUUUAUACAAACAAACUAGCGGUGUAACAAUGAGAUCCUCAGUGUCCCCGAUUGUAGGCAACUUGUUUAUGGCACAUAUAGAAUUGAAUAUUUUCGCCAAUGAUAUUAAACCACGAAUUUAGCUUAGAUAUGUAGAUGAUACCUUUGUUGCGAUAAAAAAAGACUCAUCUAAAAUCUUUUUCGAAACAGCCAAAAAACCGAAACAAGUUGGUGAAGCCUAGUAGGCCCUUCUGGAGAGAAACAGGCAACAUCGAUGCACGGCACAACUACCGGGAUUAGAAUAGUUGUUUUGCAAUCGGUUGGAGUUUGUCCCGUAUGGAGCAACCCUGUACAUUACAUGCACCACUGAAUUUUUUGUCGUUUUUCGAUCAAGCAGUAAUUACGCUGUGAUUCUUUGUGGAUUUUGUAAUCAGUUUCUGGGUAUCGUUCGAGUGAGUGAUUAGCCCGAUCUCUAUCACCCGGGUUACCGCUCAUAUUAGUUCAUGAAACUGAGUCCCACUAUCCAGAAGGCACGAUGAGGACGUGUAAGUCGGGUUUUGCCUCCUUUUCCGAAACAGAUCAAUACAUUUUCAUCACACAUCAAAUUUACGAACGAAAUCGAAAAUGAACAUGAUGAGCUACCAUUUUUAGGUUGCUUAGCGAAGAGAAAUCUAAAUGGAAUUCUAAAUCUAUCCAUCUGCCGAAAAUCUGCAUACUCAAAUUGUUAUAUUGACUUCAAUUCAGCACAUCCAUUCAGUGCAAAGAUCUCGCUAGUCCCAAAUCUUUUUAGAAGAGCUAACAAGAUUAUCACAUCAGAAGAGGAUAAACAAAAAGAACAAAAGAAUGUAAAUAGCAUCUUACAAUUUAAUAAAUUUCCUAUGAAGAUUAUUAGAUGUGUAUUAAAACAACACGUUUCAUGGCUUAAUAAUAAUUAUCCGAAUGAAAUACCAUGGGUUGGUAUUGCAGUUUUACCAUACCGUCAUGGUACAACAGAAGAACUUCAAAGAAUUUUAAAAUAACACAGAAUUAAAGUAUGUUACAAAACAACGAAUGCAUUUCGAAAUACUUCAGUUCGCUUAAAAGAAAAAAUCCCCUUUAUGUCAACACAGAACUGCGUCUACAAAUUAGGUUGUAUCGAUUGUGAUGCCUUCCAUAUUGGAGCGUUAUCUCGCGAAAUCUUGACUCGAGCCAAAUAACAUAUUAGGUACACAAUGAAACCACCUAAUAACCCCGUAGAACUGGGUGGACUUUAUAUUAAAUUGACAAUAGCAGUUCACACUACAAUAACCACCAAAACGAUUUUAAAAUAUUACAAGAAGGUUUUUCCAAUUACAAAGAAAAGAGAGUAGCUGAAUCGUUGCAUAUAUUGCUUAAUCCUACUGCUCUCAAUAGAAAAGAAGGCCUGACUAUGCAUCCUACUUGGACUAUCUAUCCUAGCCACCUAGUCUGAUAUUAUUCACAUUUCACACUAGUAUCGUACAUACAAAUUAAACUCUGUCCUUUCUCAUCAUAAAGGUCACAUAUUUUCUCAUCCUUACCGUGCACACUACACAUACAAAUAUCGCCUAUGAAUCACCUUGAUCGAACUGACACGACAUUGAUUUGUUCAGAUCGGUUUUUUGAUUGAUCGCACAUAAUAUUCUUACGUUGUUCCUUUGUACUAUUUAAACUUGGAUUAAAUUUGAUCUGGUUAUUUAUACCCCGAAGAAGUGGCUUACACUGAGUCACGAAACGUCGGAAAAUUUGAUUUUUCUACUCAUUGGGAUAUUAGAAAUAUAUAAUUUUUAUUUGUAAGAAGAAAUUUUGUUUACUUAUGCAUAGUAUGUUUUGCCAAUUGAGCACUAUAUACUUUUUAUUUCUCCUUUGUUAGUACCUUUGAGAACCUUCAGGUUGGCUUUUUGUAUUACGUGUAUUAAAUAAUUUGUAAAACCGUUUUUUGUAAUAUCUUUUUAUUUCCUCAUUUAUUUAAUAAAUAGACUGAGGUCUGGUUUUGUCUGUGUACAGGAUCUGUUGAUUCACCUUGUUUACAAAUCCAAUCAGCACGAGAACAGGUUGAAAAGUAUUCAGAAAAAGAGCUCCAUCUAUUACGCCGUUAUGCUGUAUAUAUAUAUUAUAGAUCUAAGGGUUGGAUUGUACGCCCCGGAUUAUGUGUAGGUGGUGCUGAUUACCUACUUUAUGCUGAAGAUCCCAAUUGGAGACAUGCUUCAUUUUGUGUUCUAGUUGAUAGGGAUUCUACAACUAAGGAUGGAGAACAAAUGAAUUGCAGUUCAAUAGCUGCACAUGUUCGUGUUGCACAUUCGGUUGGUAAACGUGUGAUACUUUGUCGCGUAAGUCUCCCAUCAAUCGAGGAGUUUUCUAACAAUCCAUGGGAAGCUGUUCGGAAAACAACAAUUAAGGAAACUCUCAUUGAUUAUUGGAAACCAAAAGCCAAAUAAUAAAGUUUGAGAACCAGCUUAGGUUUUAAGGUACAAUGUGCCUUAAAUAUAUUUUCAGCGAAAUCGUAUUUCCCAAUAGCGGUGAUGUACAUAUAUUUCAAAUUUACUGGUUUUCUAUGCAAUAAGAUACUGUAUUUUACUCCCUUCGAAUACGUCUUUUUACUUAUUGUUGCUAUACCGUCAGGUUUCCAAAUGUUCACUCAUUAAGGUGCCUAGAUCAUCCAGUACUUUCGUAUAUGUGUUAUGAUGUUGUUCAGAUACAUACGUUGUAGAGAUUAUUGAUUUUUACCGAGAUUACCAGCCGACCUAUGAAAACCAUUAGAAACCUGAAAGCACUGGAUGAACAUUUCGCUCUAAUAUGGGAUUGCUUAGCAGUAGGGAUGUACGAAUUGUAAUCUGGAGUCGAAUCAAAACCUUCGGUCUCGCACGCGAACGCUUAACCUUUAGACUACUGAGCUUCGAUGUAAAUGAUGUGCAAGUCAUUACGCAUGAAGUAUAUCAAAUCAUACUUGAAUUUAGACAAUAAUGUAUAGUCGUCGUACCCAUCUGAAAA